UCGUCGACCACUCUCAACUCUUCAUCAUGAAGCUGAUCAUCCUUGCUCUCUGCGUUGCCUACACUUGCGCCUUCGGCAAGUUCGGAUAUGACUUCAGCGCUGGAGAGGCCUUGAAGGCUUCCGCCAAUAACCGCGCUGCUGCCGCCGCCAACGCCGCUGCCAACGCCAGAGCUGCUGCCAACGCUGAGGCUGCUGCUGCCGCCAACGCCCAGGCUGCUGCCGCCAACGCCAAGAGAACCGCCCACGCCGCUGCUGCUGCUGCUGCUGCCGCCGAGGCUGUUGCUGCCAGCAAGGCCGCCACCGCCCAGGAGAAGGCCGCUGCCGCCGCUGCUGCUGAGGAUGCCGCUGGUGCUGCUCGCGUUGCCGCCAAUGAGGCCGCUGAUGCCGCUACUAUUGCUGAGAACACCGCUGCCCGCGCUCGUGCUGCUGCUGCUGUCGCUGCUGAUGCCGCCGCCAGAGCUGCUGCCGUAGCCGGUUCCGCUGCCUCCAAGGCUGCCGCAUCUGACAAUGCUGCUGAUGGUGCUGAGGUCGCUGCUGCUGCCGCUGCCAACGAUGCUGCUGCCGCUGCCCAAAACGAAGCUGGCGUCAGAGCUGCCGUCAGAGCUAGAGCCGCCGCUGCCGCCAGAGCUGCCGCUGCCGCCAGAGCCGCCGCUGCUGCCAGAGCCGCCGCUGCCGCCAGAGCCGCUGCUGCCGCCAGAGCCGCCGCUGCCGCCAGAGCUGUCAAGGGCUACGGUGGUUACGGAUACUCUGGUUACGGAUACGGUGGUUACGGAAAGAAUGUUUAUUAAACGGUUUGCGGAGGGAUAUAAACAGUUAUGGAAUUCUCUUACGACCGAACAUCGUCGAUAGAAUAUACAUUCUGCUGUCGUUUGCUGAAUUUUGUACUUAUUAUAGUAGUACUGUGAUAAAUAAAAAUAAAAAGUAUAUAAAAAUUUA